UCAAAAUGGCGGCACAGUUGAAAGUAAAUGAAUGGAUAUUGGAAUAUUAUGCCAAUGAAAUCUUCAAAGAGUUCAACGAGAACCACAAAUUAUCUUCACAAACCAUGAGUUUAGUCGAAGGUACUGCAAUGCUAAUAAUGAACCAGUCAUACAACAAAAAGGAUACAGUAAAUGAACUGAUUAUAUUUCUGAUGGUGCUGUGCAGAUUAAGUGAUGGAUCAGACCCAACUAUAGUUUAUGAGGAGCACGAAAACAGUGACGAUGGUUCUGAGAUCUCUCUCUCAAGUUGUACGCCCCUUGAAGAUCUCAUUUCACAUUGGAAGGCGCUAGUCAACAUGCAGGUUGAUGAAGAUAUUGUCGCAGAGGGCAACGAGCUCACUCAUAUAAUCCAAUUAGAGUCUGUGCUAGUAUGCUUAAGGAUAGAUGAGCAGGACCGUGCCAAGGCUGUGUUUGAUCGGCAGUUUGGAACAGUGGAUGAAUCCAACAAAGAACUUAUGAAGACGGUGCGGCGACUGAAGAACAUGGUCAGUUCUACCCAACCCGUGAAGAAGAACGUAUACACAGAUUUUCUUGGGAAAAUCCUGAAAUUCCUCAACAAAAUACCCUCAACCUUGAGAAGACCUUCCCUCAUUAUUGCAGCGGAAGAGGCACUCAACAGUUUAGACAAGUGUCCACACAAGGGGGGCAGUGGAGACGCUGACCAAGGCAGUAAUUCUUUCACAAGGACGAGAUCAAAAGAAAACUCUACAGAUUCCACGACGAGUGACACAGAAAAGGGGAAGGCUGGAAAAAAACAUGACACUUCAAAUGAGAAAGAAAAAAGAAAACUGUGGAAUGAGAACAAGGAGAGAUUUGGGGAAAAUCAAGAGGAGCCGAGCAGCAGUGGACUGGGAAAUGAACCUCAGAAUAAGUCUAGCUCAGAUGAAUGCAAAUCUCCGAAUAAGAAACUUAGGAGGGAUGGAAAAACUUACAAGAGCCUCAUAUCACCAGAAAAAUCCCCAGGGAAACCAUCAAGGUCCUCCACACCACAGAAGAAAAAGUCUGACUUACAUGCUGAGAAAGCUGGCCCGUCAGGCAGGUCUAGACAGGAGAACCGCGUGGACCGACAUUUAAGCGAACAUUUAAACUCUAGCAGUGAUUCCAGUGAUGUUUGUGUCAAUGAUGAACUUGAGGAUGAGUUUAAUAGAAUUUCAACGCUAUCAACAACAUCACGUGGACGUAAGAAAUGGACGGAUGAGGAGAUGGAGGAGUUUUACGAUGCGACGGUCAUGCUCGGUGUCGGGAAAUGGGCACAAAUAAAGGAAUAUAUGGGCACAGAGCGCACAGGCGUUAUGCUUAAGGAUAAGUGGAGAAAUAUGGUGAAGAACGGAGACAUUGAGAGAUUCGCAAAGGUUAAAAAAAGGAAAUGAUCUGUAACUCAUAUUUAAUAAUACAAGCCUGGUUAUUUCGUUUGACUUAAUUAGCCUGUUGAUGCAGUGAAAGCGUUUGCUGUUAAAAUGUUUUUUUCGGGUUUAUUUUUGCAUAGGUAUGUCUUGGAAGCAGUAUUUUUCCAUUAGACAACUUGUAAAUGAUGAGAUUUAUGAGAAAACUCUGAGAGAAGAAGCAAAGAAACAUAGACUGAAUUUUAUGAAUUCUUCCCAGGAUUUUUGUUUCAUUUGCUGUGUGAAAUUGGGGUCAAAUGAAGGGUGUUUCAUCAUUCAUAGUACUUAUCAGUACAGAUCCCUUUCUAAUUUUGAGAUGUUAAGAGCAUGUGAAAGAUGCAAGUUCAGACAGACAAUUUUCAUUGCCCUGUUUUAUAUGAAACUAUUUAAUGGAAGUGUUUGUCAUAACUCUGAACAAUGUUCUUAUGUUAUGUUCAAAUGAACGUUUUUCAUUAAAUUCUUAAGUCAUUUCCUAACUGAAGUAACUUUCCUAAUUUAAGUAUCUCUUCAGUCAUAUGAAAUAAAUAAUGAAGAAUUUUCAAAAUACAUUAUUUUGAUUGACCUUAUUGAACAAAAAUAUACUUAAAUGUUAAAAACACUGAUACCUUUCUUUAUUUUGACUAUGAAAAUUUUAAGAAAUCGACUUAAGUUUGGAAAUGACUUUAGAUGAUUUAUGAAUAUGACCCCAGAAUUGAAAACAAUGUGAACAUACAUACAUGUCAAUGUAUGUAAAUACUUAUCUCAGUUGCAUUGUCUUUGCUUUUGUUAAUGUUUUGAAUCACAAUCAAAUCCCCUUUAAUAAAGAAGGGGUUCAGUAAAUAUUAUACACAUUUUCCGUGAUUGGUUUUAUUCGAUUUUUAAUUAUCAAUUAUUUUAGAACAAUGCAUGUCAGUUAUAUGUCAAAGAUUUUAAACAAGUUACAUACAUGUACCAUGUUAUUUACGAACAAUUUUUCAUUUAAACAAAUAGCCUGGACUCAGUUUCAAUAAGAUAUCUCGGUCUUUAACAUCAAACUGUGUAAGAGUGCUACAUAUGUUGUUUACAUAUGGUAUAUGAUAUAUAUUAACUUAUGGUUUAUGGUAUAUAUGGUUCAGCGGAUAACUUUGGAACAUGCUCUUUUAUACUCAAGUUAAACUUUGAAAGUUUGUUAAUUUUUUCUUUCAAUUUAUAACUACACCCAUAGCAUUUCCUAUAAUAUUAUAUGCCAUCGUUAAAUAGAUACAGUAUCUAAAAAUUAUUGCAACUGUAUAAAAGUUCAUAUAACUAUGUUGAAUUAAGUGUCAUUUUAAGUGCAAUUAUUAAAGUUUAUGAAAAGGUAUGUGUCUUUAUAUAUUGGAACCUUGAAUUGAUACAGGAGAAGUCAUAACAACUCAAAGGCGCGACAGAUUUGGAGAAUCAUCUUCUGUUUUAUCUAUUGUUUCGGUAAGGCCUUAAAAAAUUGUUUGGUAAGGGUUACAUCCUUUUCAAAAAUAGGUAGGGUAGGUAGGCUUUUUUUUAUUAGGCUUUGUAUAAUAAAGUCAUUUUCAUCAUUGAAUAAUGGUGUUAAAGUUAUCUUCUGUACAAGCAUUUAAGGUUGUCAA